CAGCCUCGCCCCACGCCCGGCGCCGCCGCCCUCUCCGCCUAUCAGGGCGAGGCCGGGCGGGUCUUGGUCGCAGCCGGUCCUGGCGGCCGGGAGCAGAGCGGCGAGCGCGCCCGGAGCCGAGCAAGCGCCCCGCCGGGAUGGGGGGGCCCCUGGGCCGGGAUCCCUCUCGGGCCGGCCCUUGCCUGCUCCUGCUCGCGCUUCAGCUGCUGCCCCGGAUGCAGGCGGACCCCGUGGAUGUGCUGGCCGCCCUAGGUGUCCGGGGGGGCCAGGCUGGUGUCUCAGAGGUGCCUGGCUUGUGUCCCCAGAGGACCCCGCAGGGGGACCGAGCUUUCUCGGUGGACAAGGCCAGUUCCCUGGCAGUCCCCACGCGGGAGCUGUUCCCGGACGGGCUCCCUGAGCGCUUCUCGGUGCUGACAACGCUGCGGUCCCGGCCGGCCCCACCGUCCGUGCUAUUGUCCGUGUAUGGCCAGGAUGGCAGGCGACAGCUGGGCCUGGCCCUCGGGCCGACGCGGGGCAUCCUCGGGGACCCCUUCCGUUCCCUUCCCGAGCAGGUCAACCUCACGGACGGCAGAUGGCACCGGCUGGCGGUCAGCGUGGACGGCGUGGCGGUGACCUUGGUCAUUGACUGUGUGCCGCAGCCACCUGCUGUAGGCUGGGGGCCUCCUUCGGUCAGCCCGGCUGGACUCACCGUCCUGGGGACCCACGACCCUGGAGAGGAGGCCUUUGAGGGCCACAUUCAGGACCUGAUCAUCAUCCCCGACCCCCGCGCUGCCUUCGAGGCCUGCGAGAGGCACCUUCUGGGCUGUGACCAGCCGCACCCCGAACACUCGGAACACCCCCAGGUGGAGCCAGAGACGCCAGCCCCCAGGAGGAAGGGGAAGGGCAAGGGGAAGAAGAAGGGUAAGGGCAAGGGCAAGGGCCGAAAGAAGAACAAGAACACAGGCACCGUGACCCCACCUCCUGGCGCCCCAGAGACCCAGAACGCCACUCACGGCUCCCACCCGGCGCCCCAGCCUGCUCCGAGCCCGCCUCCAAGCCCCUCGCCCGUGGACAUCACGGCCCCGGUGACCGUGAGCGUGGGCGGUGACAUCACUAUCCCCGAGGGCCUCCUGGACCCUGAUAGCGGAUCGGAACUGGAGACUCUGGACCCGGCGUUGGCCGGAGAGGGCGAGGAAGGGGGUGACCCCACCAUGGGCCCCAACUUCCGGGCAGCAGGACGGUCAUUGCGGACACACUUCCAGAUCUUUCCAGACGCUGGAGAGAAGGGCGAGAAAGGAGAACCCGCGGUGGUGGAGCAGGGACAGCACUUUGAGGGCCCUCCGGGAGCCCCAGGACCUCGGGGGCUGGCUGGCCCGUCAGGCCCUCCUGGCCCCCCCGGAAUCCCUGGGGACCGAGGCCUGCCGGGCCCCGCCGGCCUUCCAGGAAUGCCGGGCAUGGACGGCAUCCGCGGCCUCCCGGGCACCGUGAUCAUGAUGCCGUUCCAGUUUGCAAGCAGCUCCCCCGGAGGCGCCCCCGUGUCCUUCCAGCAGGCCCAGGCCCAGGCCGUCCUGCAGCAGGCUCAGCUCUCUAUGAAGGGCCCCCCUGGCCCCGUGGGACUCACUGGACGCCCGGGCCCCACAGGCCUUCCUGGGUAUCCCGGUCUGAAAGGAGAGAUGGGAGAGACGGGCCCACAGGGUCCCCGAGGCCUUCAGGGACCUGUUGGGCCCCCUGGCCGGGAAGGCAAAAUGGGCCGUGCAGGAGCGGAUGGGGCGCGGGGCCUCCCGGGCGACACAGGACCCAAGGGAGACCGGGGCUUUGACGGCCUCCCCGGGCUGCCUGGGGAGCAGGGCCAGCGGGGUGACUUUGGCCGGGUGGGGCUGCCGGGGCCACCAGGAGAAGACGGCAGGAAGGGAGCAGAAGGACCCCCAGGGCCCAUUGGCCAGGCUGGAGAACCGGGACUCCGGGGACUGAUGGGUCCCAGAGGCUCCCCUGGCCCCCCAGGACGUCGGGGCAUCAGUGGCGCCGACGGUGCUCCGGGGGCCAAAGGAAACGUGGGUCCUCCCGGAGAACCGGGUCCUCCUGGCCAGCAGGGGAAGCCCGGAUCCCAGGGACUGCAAGGCCCCCAGGGCCCCAUCGGUGCUCCCGGAGACAAGGGGCCCCCUGGAAACCCGGGAAUUCCAGGCGCACCCGGAUCUGAUGGCCCUCCGGGCCACCCCGGUCGUGAGGGCCCCACAGGCGAGAAAGGAGUGCAGGGCCCAGCAGGGUCGGCUGGCCCGCUCGGCUACCCGGGACCCCGAGGUGUGAAGGGUACCUCUGGUAAUCGUGGCCUCCAGGGAGAGAAAGGAGUGAAGGGAGAGGAUGGCUUCCCUGGCUUCAAGGGUGAUGGGGGGCUCAAAGGUGAUGCGGGGUCCCCCGGCCCCCCAGGCCUGCGAGGAGAGGAUGGGCCUGAGGGGUUGAAGGGGCAGGAGGGGCUGGCUGGCGAGGAGGGGCCCCCGGGCUCUGCUGGGGAGAAGGGCAAGCUGGGGCUCCCUGGCCUCCCCGGUUACCCUGGACGGCCCGGCCCUAAGGGGUCGAUUGGAUUUCCUGGACCCUUGGGACCAUUAGGAGAGAAAGGAAAGCGGGGCAAGGCCGGACAGCCAGGCCUGGAAGGAGAGCGGGGUUUACCAGGCGCCCGUGGAGAGAGGGGGCAGCUGGGGGCCACAGGGCAGCCAGGCCCCAAGGGUGCCGUGGGCCAGGACGGGGCCCCAGGAGCCCCAGGAGAGAAGGGCCCCCCUGGAGUGCAAGGUCCCCCCGGAUUCCCUGGGCUCAAGGGCCCCCCUGGCCCCCAAGGCAAGGAUGGGCGUCCCGGGCACCCAGGCCAGAGAGGAGAGCUGGGUUUCCAAGGCCAGACAGGCCCACCGGGACCAGCUGGAGUUUUGGGCCCUCAGGGAAAGGUGGGGGAUGCGGGACCCCUGGGCGACAGGGGUGCUCCAGGCCCCCCCGGACCUCCUGGUGAACAUGGUCUUCCGGGCCCCGAAGGCGACGAGGGCGCCAAGGGGGACCUGGGACCACCAGGACCGCUGGGGAAGGAAGGGCCACCUGGACUCAGGGGCUUGCCUGGCCCCCCAGGAGCCGCUGGAGACCCUGGACCUGCCGGUUUGAAGGGUGACAGCGGCCCCCCGGGUCCCAUCGGGGCCAACGGCUCCCCAGGGGAGCGGGGACCUCUGGGUCCCACCGGGAGUAUCGGACUCCCUGGCCAGAGCGGAGGCCCAGGUCCUGUUGGCCCCGCAGGCGAGAAGGGGGCACCGGGUGAACGUGGCCCUCCUGGGCCCAUCGGCAAAGAUGGGACCCCUGGACCCCUGGGGCUUCCCGGGCCCCCAGGAGCCGCCGGCCCUUCUGGCGAGGAAGGGGACAAGGGAGAGAUGGGCACACCUGGCCACAAGGGGAGCAGAGGCGACAAGGGCGACGCGGGUCCGCCCGGACCAACAGGGAUACAGGGGCCGGUUGGACACCCAGGCCCCGCGGGAGCCGAUGGGGCACAGGGACGCCGGGGACCCCCAGGCCUCUUUGGGCAGAAAGGCGAUGACGGAGUGAGGGGCUUUGUGGGGGUGAUCGGUCCCCCCGGCCUGCAGGGACUGCCAGGCCCUCCUGGAGACAAGGGCGAGGUCGGAGACGUGGGGUCCAUGGGACCCCAUGGAGCUCCAGGACCUCGGGGCCCCCAUGGCCCCAGCGGAGCAGAGGGGCCCCCAGGACUGAAGGGAGGAGUUGGUCAGCCCGGAGCAGUGGGCGAGAAGGGUGAGCCGGGACAGACUGGAGACCCCGGACCCCCAGGAGCCCCUGGAAGCCCUGGGCCACGCGGAGACUUUGGUGAGAAAGGAGACUCAGGCCCGUCUGGCGCUGCUGGUCCCCCGGGAAAGAAAGGCCCCCCUGGAGAGGAUGGAGCCAAAGGGAAUGCGGGCCCCAGGGGGCUCCCUGGAGAUCUCGGGGCCCCAGGAGACCCUGGUGUGCCGGGUAUAGACGGCAUCCCAGGAGACAGGGGAGACCCCGGGGGUGUUGGCAUGCCGGGUCCACCUGGUGCUUCUGGGGAACCCGGCCCACGAGGGCCCCCCGGCAAGAGGGGUCCCCCCGGCCGCCUAGGACCUGAAGGCCGGGAAGGGGAGAAGGGUGCCAAGGGACUGCCCGGCCCAGAUGGGCCCCCAGGGAGAAGAGGCCCUAUGGGGGCUCAGGGCCCCCCAGGGCGCGAGGGACCCGAGGGUCUGCGCGGGAUCCCCGGCCCUGUGGGUGAGGCUGGCCUGCUGGGAGCCCCGGGACAGACGGGCCCACCUGGCCCCCUGGGUCCCCCUGGCCUUCCAGGGCUGAAGGGAGAGGCUGGCCUCAAGGGCGAGAAGGGCCACAUUGGACUCAUCGGCCUCAUCGGCCCCCCCGGGGAGGCAGGCGAAAAGGGGGACCGAGGACUUCCCGGUGUGCAGGGCCCCCCCGGCCCCCAGGGAGAGCCUGGCACCCGUGGUCCCAAGGGCUCUCUGGGCUCCCCAGGCCCCCCCGGCGUGGUGGGCCCUCUGGGAGAGAAGGGCGCCAAGGGGUCCCCGGGAGCACUUGGACCCCGCGGAGACAUGGGCCCCCCAGGGCCCCCAGGCCCCCCAGGUCCCCGGGCCGAGCUGCAGGGGCUGCUCCAGCGCCACCGCCGGGGGCUCCCCAGCCCAGAGGACGGCCUGGAGGAGGUGUUGGCCUCCGUGUCCUCGCUGAGCCAGGAGCUGGAGCGGCUGCGCCGGCCACCAGGCACGGCCGAGCACCCGGGCCUGGUGUGCAGCGAGCUCCAGCGGCACCACCCACAGCUGCCGGAUGGGGAGUACUGGAUCGACCCCAAUCAGGGCUGUGCCCGGGACUCGCUCAGGGUUUUCUGCAACUUCACGGCUGGAGGUCAGACCUGCCUCUAUCCAGACAAGAAGUUUGAGAUGGUGAAACUGGCCUCAUGGUCCAGGGAGAAGCCGGGAAGCUGGUACAGCUCCUUCCGACGAGGGAAGAAGUUCUCCUACGUGGACGCGGACGGUGCCCCGGUGAGCAGCGUGCAGCUGACCUUCCUGUCCCUGCUGAGCGCCGGCGCCAGGCAGACCUUCACCUACCUGUGCCAGAACUCGGCCGCCGGGCUGGACGCGGCCGCGGGGGGCCAGGGCCACGCGCUGCGCUUCCGGGGGGCCGCUGGCCAGGAGCUGGGCCUCAACCAGACGGCGGUGGCCAUGCUCCGGGUCCCCCAGGACGACUGCCAGUUCCGGAAGGGCCAGGCCAGGACCGUGCUGGAAUUCAGCGCCGCCCAGGGACGCGUCCUGCCGCUGCUUGACGUGGCGGCCACCGACUUCGGACAGCCCAACCAGAAGUUCGGCUUCCAGCUGGGGCCCGUCUGCUUCAGUAGCUGA